AUGUUGACCUAUAAUUUGCCUCCUGAUACAAGGCCUCACCCAUACCCCAUUCCUCAGACAGUAACGGCGGCCGCGACAGUGCUCCUCUUCACUUCCCCCAUCACCAACGCAGAAGAAUUCAUGCCAGUGGUUCUUCCCCCCGUCUAUACCGCCGGGCGGCCACCACCUACACCCAUCAAACACCCGUCAUUCCUCCCACUGAUCCCCCCUCCACCUCCUCUUCCUCCUACGCCGCCCCUUCCAUCACACCAAAGCCGUCCUCCACCCAUCUAUCUCUCUACGCUGGAGCCCUUAUUUCGUCCUGACAAGACAGACUUCCUUACUCCCUACACGCCUCCCACGACCAUAGGCCCUCACGGCCACACUCACACACCCACGAUUGUCACUACCUUCAAGCCUCCAGUGACCCACCAGGCUCCAAUAACCCCCACGCCAACAACAGCCCACAGACCUCCAACAUCUCCCAAGCCUCCAACAGCCCACAAGCCCCCAACAGCCCACCGACCUCAGGCAGCCCACAAGCCCCCAACAGCCCACCGACCUCCAGCAGCCCACAAGCCCCCAACAGCCCACCGACCUCCAGCAGCCCACAAGCCCCCAACAGCCCACCGACCUCCAACAGCCCACAAGCCCCCAACAGCCCACCAACCUCCAACAGCCCACAAGCCCCCAACAGCCCACCGACCUCCAACAGCCCACAAGCCCCCAAUAGCCCACCGACCUCCAACAGCCAACAAGCCCCCAACAGCCCACCGACCUCCAACAGCCCACAAGCCCCCAACAGCCCACCGACCUCCAACAGCCCACAAGCCCCCAACAGCCCACCGACCUCCAACAGCCCAUAAAGCUCCAACAACCCACCGGCCACCACCAUUCCAACGGCCCCCAACAGCCCACAAGCCCCCAACAGCCCAACGGCCACCAUCGGGCUACGCAGCGGCCGACACCACACCUCACCACAACAACGAGAAGAGCAAGCGGUACUCCUUCAAGUACGACGUAGAGGGCGUCGCCAGCAGCUUCUCCCACUCGGAGUCGCACGACGGACGCACAGCUACUGGGGCCUUCAGUCUCCGUCUGCCGGGCGGCCACCACACCCUCACCUACAUGAAGGAUGGAUCCUCCAACGGGGCACAGAGUCGACCAGGAUUGGAUCCUCCGGCAGGGCACAGAGUCGACCAGGAUUGGAUCCUCCAGCAGGGCACAGAGUCGACCAGGAUUGGAUCCUCCAGCAGGGCACAGAGUCGACCAGGAUUGGAUCCUCCAGCAGGGCACAGAGUCGACCAGGAUUGGAUCCUCCACCAGGGCACAGAGUCGACCAGGAUUGGAUCCUCCACCAGGGCACAGAGUCGACCAGGAUUGGAUCCUCCAGCAGGACACAGAGUCGACCAGGAUGGGAUCCUCCAGCAGGACACAGAGUCGACCAGGAUUGUAUCCUCCAGCAGGGCACAGACUCGACCAGGAUUGUAUCCUCCAGCAGGGCACAGACUCGACCAGGAUUGUAUCCUCCAGCAGGGCACAGACUCGACCAGGAUUGGAUCCCCCAGCAGGGCACAGAGUCGACCAGGACUGUAUCCUCCAGCAGGGCAGAGUCGACCAGGGAUGGAUCCUCCAGGACUCUCACUGUCAAUGCUCACAAUCAUCAACCAACAAGCUUACCUGGUAGCAGCUGUGGUGGGCGUGGUGUGCGCUGGGCCCCUCCCCCAGCCUGAGGACACGGCCCGCCAGUACGGACCGCCCCCUCCACAAUACCCCGCCCCCUAUAAGCCAGAGGAGGAGCCCGCUAAGCCAUAUACCUUCGAAUAUGGAGUAAAGGAUGGAUACUCUGGCGCCAACUACGGCCAUAGUGAGAACUCCGACGGCAAGGCUGUGUCCGGCUCCUACCAAGUCGACCUUCCCGACGGCCGCACGCAGAUCGUCAACUACGUCGCCGACCACCACAACGGCUUCCAGGCCCAGGUCGAGUACAAGGGAGAGGCCCAGUACCCUGAGGCCGCACCCUACAAGCCAGCAUACCCGUCACCGGCCCCAGCAUACCCAGCUCCUCCAGCAUACUCCCAACAAUCAUACCGAAACCAGGAAUCGCCAGCAUACGAGUCCCCAGCACAAGAAUACCACGAGGAACCCGCCCCUGUUGAGUAUAACUAAAGAUAUACGACGUCGCAGUCAAAGCCUCGCUUACGGGCCGCCGUCACCGGCCAAGACGCUAACCAAAGUUGGCAUCUUCCUGGUGGUAGAUCAGGCUCUAUGUUGUGUGUGUUCUCCAAUGUUCAGUUGUUCAACUCCCCCCAUCCCUGCCCCCACGAGGAACACACACAGUUCAGCGUUCACAAUACUUGGCUGUCCAGCGGGCCCGCGGGUCGAGCUCGCUCCAGCCGCCCAUUACGUGUGCCAUUUUCACACUUUAAUACAGUCACUUCAUUUGCAUAAAA